CAUCCAGCCUAAUUUCAAAGAAUGGACCGACGUCCCCGAAGAAAUGGGAGCGACUUUCUACUGGGACGGCCCCGACAGCCUCGGACAGAUCAUGGCUAAAGGGUUCAAACUCAAUUCGCCGGAACCUAUAUUGGGCAGCACUGCAAAAUCAGGAAGUACUUUGUUUGUAUUCAAGUCGGAGGGGAAGUUCUAUAUAUGGAAUAUGGCGGAAGACACGGUGUGGGAGAUCACGAAGCCCACCGAGGAGAAUCAGAUCAAGGAGGAAAUUCAGGCGGGCCGGAUCAAAACUCUAGGACUUAAGGAGGUCCCAUAUAGCUCUUGAUUAAUUGAAUAGUUGGAGUAACGGUGGACUUAUAAACUCCACAGUUCUUCCGUGCAAGGGAACACUGCCCAUGUAAAUUCAGAAUCUUAACUACAAUGGCAGACGAUCCGGCGAAUAUCCAAGCGGCAUUUAACGGACAACUUACCUUUGCUGUAGCAUACGGCUUUACGACACCAGAUCAAAUACUCGAUUUCAUCAACAACGUUGCUGAUCAUCGAGAUCCUCGCAGGCAGUAUGGGAUCGUGCCAGAGUGGUUCCCACAUCUCAAAGACAUUCGGGAUGGUAUUGAGUAUCUCUACCGUAGCGGAGCGGGCUAUCCAAGACCUACACCACCGCAGCAUAUCCGGCGAACUGCAGUCAAUCAUAACACAGAUCGAUUGCGCAUCAAUCAAUAUUUCUUCCGAAACCGUCAUCGAGUCUUCAGUGUCUACGACCUUCUGGCAAUGUUCUUAUCCCUAGCCCUGGCCCCGGUUGGAGCGACCCGCGCCACAUUUUAUUAUCCAUGGACAUUCAUAUAUAUUCGCUGGUCAACUAUUAUGACGCACUUCAACGGAACGAACGGAUUCGGUGGUAAAACACCUACGAUGUACCAAUGCACUUGGAUAAGGGAGCCAAAUCAACAGUCACGCUUCUUCAUCGGGACCGUGUUGGCAGGCAUGGUUAGGACAUGGCAACCCGCUCCCCCACCAGGCCAAGCCCGGCCCCCUAAUCCGUGGAUUGAGAGGCUGAGAAGGGCUCGGUUUUCACAUCUCACUAAUGACAGAAACGAAAAUGGAGCAGUGGGAAGAAGAUGGGCCUAUGGCCAGUCGCCCGAGUUUGAUGCGAAAGGGGUAAACGGGUGGAACUUUGGCAAUUGCGCCGAAACCCAUCCCUUUGUGGAACUGGUACGGGACGCUCGCGCGGAUGUGAGAGGCCGAUGCUAUGGGUUCGCUGUGAAGCCGCAAGCGGUGUUUGGAAAUGAGCCACUGCCGAACUUGGAGGCUGCGCUCGCAAUUCAAUAUACAAGGCUACAUUUUACAAAGAUGUCACUCCCUUGCCUGAAUUGUAAGGCAAUGAUCAAUGGGUAUGGGUGCAGAUAUUACAACUUUGUUCCACUGCCUGAUCAGAUAAUCGCGCUGUUUGUUGCAGAAAGGAGAAGAAGCUGAAGCUGAACACCCUGUUGAACCUACAGCUUCGCCUCCCUUCCUGAUAGUUAGGAUAUAGCGCGCCAUACUGCACCUCUUCUUCUGUCCCCUGUAUCUUGUUUUUUAGAUAGCAUACUCGAUACCACCAUCAUUAUACUUUAGGUUCUGAGCCCUUCCUUCACGGAUACAUGACUAGGAAGCGGACUAUGUAUGUUGACGG